AUGCGAUCACAAGUUGAAAGGUGUGAAUGCAGUCGAGAUACGGUGAGUCUCAAGAGAGACGAAGAACACGUACGACUCCUUCUGAGAGUUUCUUCGAUGCCACUUAUCUCAACACUCCAAAACAUGGCACAUCAAGCGAAUGCUGAAAUCAAUUAUCUGGUUCAAAGGAGCAAGUAUAAUUUAUACGAAGAAAUGCAAAGUGAAUUCCCAAGACUUCUCUCGCAACCAUCAGUUGGCGAUUCGAUUGAAGAACUCUUUCAAAAGCUCCGCAACCAGCUAUUCGUUUCAACUGAUCUGUCGCCAUUAAGGAUCGAGAAGGAAAUACAGAAGGCGAUACAAAGUUUCUUUAUGCAGCUAUUAGCACCAACAUUCAUUUGCGCAACAACAACAACAACAGAAUCGGUGACACAGUCGUAUGCAAAUUGUCUUCGUAAUAAUGCACCUUCAUGGAAGAUAUUCUAUGGUAGUGAACAAAAUGAAUUGAUUGCUAAAUUGCAAAGAGCGAUACUCAAUUAUCGAAUCAUCGAGAAAACUAUCGAUAAAUUGCAUCGGUCGGUGGUGGAAAUGGAAACAAUGAAUACAAGUUGUAUAGCUGGCUUUACAGCGGCAGUAUACUGCGAUUUAGAUUGUUCAGAUCUCAAGCGAACAUCCUUACCGAUUCGAUAUUGUAACGAUGCGUGCAUUAACGCUGUGUAUAACUGUCUUGGUGAUAGUGUUCAGCACUGGAAUAGUUUUGUUACGAUAUUGCGUAAACUGAGUGUUGAUUUCGAUUAUGGAUUCUCGCAGCUAGAAAAAGAAAUUAUCAAUUCAGUGUCGUACGCCUUCCAAAUACAAGCGCCAUCAAUUGCGAGAGUCGUUCUUAAGAAAUGUAUUGCUCUGCUGAGUAAUCAAUCAACAUCAGCACCUCUUACUGUAACCGAUCACUACUUCAGUCAUCCACCCGCAAUAGAAAUGAAAUUAAUUAGUACGAUUAGAAAGUUUACUUCGUAUAUUGGAUGGUGGGAAAAAUUUGCAGCGAAUCUUUGUGCUGAUGCAUCACGUUCAUCAGUUUGCUGGAACGGCACUAUUCUCAUAUCAAGGUUGUAG